UACAUGAAACUCAGGAUCUGAACCUGAUAUGACUGACCCGGAUGUCCUCACCGAAGUCCCAGCAGCUCUCAAACGCCUUGCCAAAUAUGUGGUUCGUGGUUUUUAUGGCAUUGAGCAUGCAUUGGCUCUGGACAUUCUCAUCCGGAACCCGUGCGUGAAGGAAGAGGACAUGCUGGAGCUGCUCAAGUUUGACAGGAAGCAGCUGCGGGCAGUCCUCAACACGCUCAAGGGUGACAAGUUCAUCAAAUGCAGAAUGAGGGUAGAGACAGCUCCAGAUGGCAAAACCACCCGUCAUAACUACUACUUCAUCAACUACCGCCUUCUGGUGAACGUGGUGAAGUACAAGCUGGACCACAUGAGAAGGAGGAUUGAGACCGAUGAACGAGACUCCACCAAUCGCGCCUCUUUUAAAUGCCCCAUUUGCUUCAGCACUUUCACAGACUUGGAGGCCAAUCAGCUGUUUGACCCCAGAACAGGAACUUUCCGCUGUACUUUCUGUGAGACCGAAGUGGAGGAAGACGAGUCGGCGAUGCCCAAAAAGGAUGCCAGGACUCUUGUAGCAAGAUUCAACGAGCAAAUUGAGCCUAUUUACGCCCUGCUUCGCGAGACGGAAGAUGUUAACUUAGCCUAUGAAAUCCUCGAGCCCGAACCCACGGAGAUUCCUGCACUGAAGCAGAGCAAGGAGCGUGCUGCUGCUGCUGGUUCAGGGACAGCUGGCCUUACGGGUGGACACCACCGGGAAGCAUGGACCACAAAAGGGCCCUCGUAUGAAGACCUGUACACCCAGAACGUUGUCAUCAGCAUGGAAGACCAAGAGGAUCUUAAUCGGUCUGCCAGCGAAGGAAAGCCAGCCAGAGAGAGGCCCAUUUGGCUGCGGGAGAGCACGGUGCAAGGGGCUUAUGACCCUGAUGACAUCAAAGAUGGUGGCCGGGAUCUGGAUACGUUUCAGGAGCGUGAGGAGGGCCGAGCAGCUCUAGAUGACAACGAGGAGGUGAUGCGAGCCCUGCUCAUUCACGAGAAGAAGACGCCCUCUGCUUCCACAGUCGCCGUCGGAAGCGCGGCUCCUCUCACCGGUGCCAAUGCCAGUGACUCCGAGAGCGAGACAAGCGAGUCAGAAGAGGAGUCCCCUCCCCGCCCUGCCGCCACGGCCACCGCGACGUACGGGCUGGAGGAUGAUGACGAAGAUGAGGAGUUUGAGGUGGUGGCAGAGGACCCCACUGUCAUGGUGGCCGGGCAUCCACAUUCGUACAGCCAAGUGAGCCAGCGCCCUGAGCUGGUGGCCCAGAUGACUCCGGAGGAGAAGGAGGUUUAUAUUGCCAUGGGGCGGCGCAUGUUUGAGGACAUGUUCGAUUAACUGCUUCCAGCCACAGCAUUUUUUAAAACAUUAUUUUUUAAGCCAGAAACUCCCUAGUGAAACAGGACUGAAGUGAAUCUUUUCUCCCCUGCCCACGGGGACACCGGGGCUUGGACCUCCUGAUCUCAGGCAUCUUGCCCACCAAAGAGGGGCAUCAGGAAGGCUGCAUGUGCCGAAACAGGUAGGAGAGGUCAAGUCUCAGAAGUGAGGAAAUUUGUGAGGUAAAACUCUGCUUUAGUGUGCCCUGCACAGGCACUGGGUUAAACCAGUGCCUCCCC